UGAAGGUAGGAAGGUGGAUAAACAAUGAUCAACUAUUUUGCAGUUCUAGCUGCUGCUGAUCUCGUCACCUGCAUCAUGCUUUUGUUUUCCGGAUUGGCCAAAGGCGCCUUCUGGUGCGAAACAGGAUGGAUAGAGUUCGACGUGUUCGUUCAUUUGCCCGUCGGUUCAGUUUCAUCGAACGUCACCGUUUGGGCCACCAUACUCGCCACUAUUGACAGACUCGCGAUUGUUCUGAGCUUGCCGAGAUGCAAACCACCAAAGUUCUGUGACUAUCGGCUGGCACGGAAGUUGAUGAUUUUCUCUGGUUGCUUCGCCAUCGUGUUCAACGUCCCCUACUGUCUAAUAUACACGUACAGCGAGGACGGUGCUCUAAUUACUACCAAAUUCUUUCAUUCGCGGUUGUACGAUCUUCAGAAUUGGCUGCAGUUCGCGAUGUUCGGCGUGAUACCGGCCAUUCUGUUGCUGGUGGGUAACCUGAUCAUGUGCCACUCCGUCAAGAAGACUCUGAUGCAGAGGCAGCUGGUGCUUCUUCGUAGAAAUCUGCGGGAAGGGAAUCGUUUGAAGGAUCAAGCGCGGAUGACUGUCAUGCUAGUUGGCAUCGUGCUCGUGUUCUUCGUGGGCGAGCUGCCAACUCAUUUGGUGUCGCGACUCAGCGCCCUGUCUCUUCUUUACGGCGGAGACCCAACGAAGGUUCAGGAGGUCCGCAUGGACAGGCUUCGAAUGUACGCGACCCUCCUCAAUGCGGUAUCGAGUUCGGCCAACUUCGUCCUAUACUGCACGCUGAAUCGACAUUUUCUUUCGCGUCUGAAACAUCUUUUCAUCGCCGAACCCUCUCGGAGGUUGGCUGCCAACGUCAGGGGAAGGGUUCCAUACUCGAUACGACGAAUCGAAUCCAGCAACGUCGCUCCUGGCUCUGUUGAAUGCACGCCAAACGAACAUAUGUGAUUACAGUGCAAGUAUUUCCACCGUUUUUGUGUCCAGCAUUUUUAAACGAUUUCGAUAUCUUCCGAGGAAAAUGUUAUGUUAUGGGAUGUAUAUAGUCGUUGAAUAUAUGUGUAAAUAUUUAUUUAAAAUGUCUGUAUAAUGUUUAUAUAAUAAUAUUGUAAUAUGGUAUGAAUAUUAUUAUUAUUAUUUAGUUCGAAAGUCUGUAUCAAGAGCUUUUAUAUAUCAUGAACUUAUUAAGGUCAUUUUGAUGCAGACUUUUAAAAGAAAUAAUAUAUAUUAGUAGAUAAUUAUUAUACAUGUUUUAUAUAUUAGAAUAUAAUUAAGUUAUUCAUCGAUAGAGACUCCUUGAGUAAAUAAUAUGCGUAUGGUAUCUUACGCAUUCAUUAUUAUAUAAAUAUUAUGUAGAAAAAUGUAAUUAAGCUCUCUAUUGUGGCAGACUUUUUGAAUAAAUAAUAAUAUUACUAUAUGCAUGUAUUCGACGAAUAUCUCACAAAAUUUUAUUCUGAAAAUGUUGAUAUGUUAUACUACUAAUAUAUAAUAUAUAUCGAUCAUUAUUCUAUUAAUAUUACCUAUGGAAAUAUAUUAAGCUCUCUCAUGAUACAGACUUUUUAAAUAACUGAUUCGAUACA